AUGAGUUCUACCAUUAUCAAUCCUAAAUAUUCCACGGACCACUUUGAUUUAAAGGACCCUCCCAAGGACGGAAUAUCAUCAUUAAACUUUUCAUCACACAAUGCUGACCUCUUGCUAGUCACUAGUUGGGAUAACUCUGUUCGCGUCUACAAUGUCACUCUGAACACAAUCGUCUCGAAAUAUGAACACUCAAAAAGUGUUCUCUCGGGAUGCUUUUCUGUGAAUGAUCAAUAUUGCUUUAGCGGAGAUUUGGAUGGCAAAUUAAUGAAAUAUAAUUUGAAAACUGGUGAUAAAUCAUUCGUUGGACAAGUCUCAGAUUUUCAUAAAUCUGCCAUCAAGUGUAUUUCUGUGGUUCCAAAUCAACCUAAUUGGGUGAUUACAGGAAGCUGGGACAACACACUGAAAUUAUGGGACAUUUCUAAUAAUGCUUGUUUACAAACUCUUGAUUUAGAAAAGAAAGUGUACUGUAUGGAUAUUACUCCAGAUGGAACAAAACUGUUGGUUGGAACACAAGAUUUAUUAGUGUUUAUUGUUACCUUAAGACAAGAUCCACAACGAUCUCCUCUUAAAAUCACAACACGACAAAAUACAGGGCUCAAACAUCAAACAAGAUGUAUCAAGUGUUUCAGAGAUAGUAACACAUUUGCUAUAGGAUCUUUAGAAGGUAGAAUUGCAGUCAAACAUAUUCAACAAGGGGAUAUGCAAAAUAAUUAUGCUUUCAAAUGUCAUAGAACAAAGACCUCUCAACAAGUAGAAACUCUAUAUCCCAUAAAUACUAUUGCGGCACAUCCAAAGUAUGAAAUAUUUGCUACAGGUGGAUGUGAUGGCACAAUCGCACUCUGGGACAGAAUUAACAAGAAGAAGUUGAAUAGUACAAGCCCAUUUGAAACAAGCAUUGCUGCAAUUUCAUUCAACUGCACAGGUAAUUAUUUAGCAUUUGCAGUUUCGUAUACUUGGGAAAUGGGAAAUCAGAGUCAUCCUGCUGAUAGAAUCUGCAUCAAGAAAUUGGUCUAG